UUGGUUCUUCAUCACAAGUUGGCAUUCCUUCUCAUUCUUAAAAAAAACCCUCAUUAUUCCAUCAAAACUAGCUACAACAACAUGUCGAACGUGUUAGCAGGAGAAGAAAGCGAAAAAGUUGUUACCUAUGGGUGGGCAGCUAGAGACACCUCGGGAAUUCUCUCCCCAUUCCACUUUAUCAGAAGGGCAAAUGGUGAUAAUGAUAUCACACUCGACAUACUCUAUUCUGGGAUUUGCCACACCGAUCUCCACAUGGUGAAGAACGACUUUAGAAUAUCCAUCUAUCCAAUGGUUCCUGGGCAUGAGAUUGUGGGUAAGGUGACAAAGGUUGGUAGAAGAGUCACAAAAUUCAGUGUUGGUGACAUUGCUGGUGUGGGUGGCUCUGUGGGUUCGUGUGGCUCAUGUUCGGACUGCAGCAACGGCUUCUAUGUAUAUUGUCCAAAAAUGAUUUUAACCUACAGUGCACACUAUUAUGAUGGAACAAUAACCCAAGGUGGAUACUCAAAUAACAUAGUGGUUGAUCAGAACUUUGUCGUGCUAAUCCCAAAAUCUCUUCCAUUAGAUGGUGCAGCCCCGUUGCUAUGUGCUGGAAUCACAGUAUACAGCCCAAUGAAAUAUUAUGGGCUUGCUCAGCCUGGGUUGCACUUGGGUGUGGUGGGCCUGGGAGGCCUAGGUCAUGUGGCUGUCAAGUUUGCUAAGGCUUUUGGUAUGCAUGUCACUGUGAUAAGUACAUCUCCCAGCAAGAAAGAGGAAGCAUUGGAAAAGCUUGGUGCUGAUGAAUUCUUGGUUAGUCUGGACCAGCAACAAUUGCAGGAUGCCAGGGGCACAAUGGAUGCCAUUAUUGACACAGUUUCAGCUAAUCACUCUAUCCAACCACUAAUUGCUUUAUUGAAAACAAGUGGAAAGUUGAUUUUGGUAGGUGGACCACCCUCGCCUCUUGAGGUAUUAGCUAUGCCUUUGCUUUUGGGGAGAAAGAUGAUUGCUGGUAGUGCAGGAGGUGGGAGAGAAGAGAUUCAAGAGAUGAUGGAUUUUGCAGCAAAGCACAAUAUCACAGCAGAUGUGGAAGUCAUUCCAAUGGAUUACGUGAACACUGCCUUUGAGAGACUGGAAAAAAAUGAUGUUAAAUAUCGCUUUGUCAUUGAUGUGGCAAAUACAAUAAGCUGCAUGUCCAAUUAGAGAACCACAGAUAUGAAAGUGGUAGCCGAAUAUUAAUUGAAGGUUGUGGUAACUUCAAUUCUAGUUGUAUCACCUUGAUCACUCGAUUCUUCUUUUUCACAUUCCACAUAUUCCAUAUUGGCUAUCCGACUUGUUUUACGGUAUUUCAAUAAAGUAUGAAUAAAUUUUGUGAAUGUCAUGUUGAAUC